AUGUUCGCUUACAGACGACAACUCCCACGGCUCAUCAGCCGAAGCGUCUGUUUUGCCCCGCCACGAAUAUUACCAAGGCCACACCAUCUUUCACGCCAGUCAUACGCAUACAAGUCUACCAACCAAGGGCAGCAUGAGGCUCCGCGCUCAAAGAAGAUGACCUUGACCGACAAAUUCCUAGUCUACAUUUUCCUCUCUGGUACUGCUCAACUCCUCAUUAUGUUCGCAUAUGAGCCACUCAGAGAUUAUGGUCUCUUUGACAAUAUUGCUACCUGGACUCUCUUCCUCGUCGUACCACCAAAGCGAGUCAUGCCUGAAAAAGCAACCACUGAGACUCUAUACCAGCCGAUUACUCGAGACAAAGAGAUAAGAUUACUUGUCCUAGAGCCAGGAGCUCCAGGCGACGAGCUAAAAUGCCACCUGGUCAACGCCGAGCUGUCCUGGAGAACCAAAUACGAAGCCUUGUCGUACACCUGGGGAGAUCCAGCCAUUACCCGUCAGUUGAGCUGCUCUGGGCGCACCAUCGAUGUGACUGUGAGCCUCCAUGAUGCCUUGACGGAUUUGCGGGAUCCAAGACACAACCGACUCCUCUGGGUAGACGCUGUCUGUAUCAACCAGGCCGACAACGACGAAAAGGCCAAGCAGAUCCGGCUUAUGGGCGACAUCUACUCCCAGGCCCGACGAGUACUCAUUUACCUCGGCAAGGGAGAUUCCUCUGUCGACGAGGCGAUGGAAUCGAUUCGCCGGCUCGACUGGGAGUUCAUGCCCAUUCACGUCAGACGGUAUUGUUCCAGGUUGCUUGUUUUGGGCCCGGUGGGAGUAAAACUACUAGACUACCUGCCCAAAAUGAAGCCUCUCACAGAUGACAAGAUCAACUGGGAUCCCAUUAUCAACCUGCUCCGGCGUCCAUGGUUCCAGCGCACUUGGAUCAUCCAGGAAGCCAUUCUAGCAAAACGUGCCCAAGUUUUCUGUGGCGACGAGUCCAUCCCUUGGGCCAUGCUUGAGAGAGUCGUGAUCGCCAUGAACUUCUACAAGGGUGAAGUCGCAAAGAUCCCCGGCUAUCCCUCGAUCGUUGACGCUGUGGCCAGUGUGCACCUGCUGCGUUCAGCACGAAGGGAUCGUUACACCAGCAUCAUGUUGCCUGAUAAGUGGCUGUACACAAAGCUCUUGUCUGUAUCUCGGAUGCAUCGCCAAGAGUUCACAAAGCUCCUUGACUUGAUCAUGGAUAGCCGCAAGUUUGCUUGCAGUAAUCCUCGGGACAAGGUCUUUGGCAUGCUUGGCGUGACAGGCCAGGACAUAAGCAGCGAGUACCUAACGCCAGACUACUCAAUCUCUCCAGGGGACGUAUUCCGCAAGUUCGUUCUCUGGGAAAUCUUUCAUAAUGGCAGCCUUCGAGUUCUUGGCAGCAGCUCAGACAAGGCCGGCAGCCAGAAUUUGUCACCAUCUUGGGUUCCCGACUUUAACAGGCUUGACCCUCAUCAAAGUCUCACUAGGUACGAGAAUCGUGCGAGCUUUAGUGCCAGUGGAGACUUGCCUAUUCAGGCACGGACAUCCAACGAUGAUACUGUAUUGCAUGUCAAGGGAAGGAUAGUCGAUACGCUCCACACAGUUGGAGAGGAGAUGAUCAGGAACCCAUCCGACUUGGAUGGCAAGGGCGACUAUGCGAAUAAGCCAAUGACAUGGUACGAUGAACUGCGGGUCAACAAGAACAUGAUCAUAGAAGCCACACGCAUCUGGCUGGAGGCCAUGGUAAGGCUAUCUCAGGGGGGCCGUUACCCCGUUCCCAGAGCUAAUGCAAUUGUGGCAACUCAACUGGUGGACGGGAAGCUUGUGCUAAAGGAUGGAGUUCCUUCUGACUGGGUGCCCUUUUUGCGAACCCUGGUCUGCAACCGGACUGACCAUGGCCAAGAAGCCACCGAGGAGUUUGAGCCCAUGGUCGCGGCCUGUAUUCGGCUAAGUUUCGCGGCAGAGAAGCUCCCUAGGUCGUACGUUAGGAAGCAUUAUCCUCUGGCAAGGAGAGCCAUCGAGGCGUCACUGACAGUGGCACAAUCGCGGCGCUUUGCGGGGACCAACAUGGGAAUGGUAGGAUACGUUCCCAUGAGGGCCAAGAAAGGGGACCUGGUUGUCAUCUUGUAUGGGGCUGAUGUGCCGUUCGUGGUAAGGAGGGAAACUGGUGGUAGGUAUUCGCUGGUAGGAGAAUGCUAUAUGAGUGGGAUCAUGUACGACGGGGUAGCAAUGAGGAUCGAUGAGAUUAAGGAUGAAGAUGUAGAGUUUGCUCUUGUUUAG